AAGCGCUCAAUACAUGUGAAGAGCAGUGCUUACGUCCAUCCACAGCAGGUUUCUUCACGUUUAAAGGCGCCUACAUCACAUAUUCUCAUUUUAUGAUAAUCGAUAGCAGGACUAUGGAGUCAGCAGAGGAGGAGGUGCUGCUCGGAGAGGAGUCAGAGGAGGAAAACAGUGAAUUAUCGGAUAAUGAGCUUCAAGAGGCCUUUUCAAAGGGGUUGUUGAAACCAGGGAUGAACGUUCUGGUGAAUAAACCCAAAACGUUUGUCAACAAUAUGGAGGGUUUGAAACAGUGCCUCGCUGACUUCCGUAAAGACCUCCCCUGGGUGGAGAGGCUGGAUCUGACCAACCUGCCGGCUGAAGACGUUCUUUCUAAAGUUGAAGCGAAGGUUCCAAAUGUGACCAAUGGAAAUGUCACUGUGGACGAUGAUUUCCAGAGGGAGAUGUUCUUCUACCGUCAAGCUCAAGCUACAGUCCUCGAGGCACUGCCCCUCUUAAACAAGCAUGGCAUAGCCACCAAGAGGCCUGACGAUUACUUUGCUGAGAUGGCCAAGUCAGACCAGCACAUGCAGAAGAUCAGGAAAAAGCUGAUCUCAAAACAGAUGAUACUUGAGAAGUCAGAGAAGGCCAAGAAACUGCGCGAGCAAAGGAAGUUUGGCAAAAAGGUCCAAAUAGAAGUGAUCCAGAAGAGGCAAAAAGAGAAGAAAGCCAUGAUGUCUGCUGUAAAGAAAUACCAGAAGGGAAUGACUGACAAACUGGAUUUCUUGGAAGGAGACAAGAUGGGUAAAGAUAAAGACUCUUCUCAGGGCUCCAAGAAAGCAUUGAACACGAAGGGCUCUAAUGCCAAGAGAAAAUACAAGGACCAGAGGUUUGGCUUUGGAGGCAAGAAGAGUGGAAAGAAGUGGAACACCAAAGAGAGCUACAAUGAUGUUUCCAGUUUCCGUGCCAAAGUGGCUCAUGCAAAGGGCGGCAAAGGAGGGAAGAAAGGCAAAGGAGGAAAACAAAAUAAACGCCCAGGCAAGUCUGUACGCAAGAAGAUGAAGGGCCGCUCAUAAAAAGACUGGCAGAGGCUAGAGACUGGACUUUGUUGGUUCUGGGCUGGAUUUCAAACACCUGCUCCCAGUCUCUCCUCCAUAUACAGCAUGACACAUUUAGAAGAACUUGAGCUUUUCUUCUACACUUUUUGUACAAUAUGCCUCCAGCAAAAUGUGUCUGGAUGUGUCUGGAGGACCACUGAAGCCACAGAGAGACAUCCUGCCAUACAUAAAGAAGCUGUUUGAAGGACAUGACUGGUGAAGAAAAGGACUCCCUUUGCAGAAAUGGUAAACCCAGUGAUGGACUACAUAAAGCUACCCAAACCACAAGGUUGUCUUCCCCAAAACAACAAAAAAAAGACAGAAUUUGAAUUUUAAAAAAUGGCUUUUCUUCUGUAUUAGAUGUUAUAGACCAGUUGUUUUGGUCUGUGGGACAUAAUUGUCUCUCUAUUUGCCUGUUUGAUGUGGUUUUAAAGCCACUUUCUAUGAUUACACCUUUAUAUCUACACCAACCUCUUUCUGUCUAAUAUACACUGUGUGUUCCUGUUUGGUUUAUAAGUGUUUUAUUUUUUCUAACUAAGCUCCUUGACACAUUGAUUCUCCCCCAUGUGACAUGACAUUUUAUAAUAUUGAACAGCUGUUAGGUUUGCCCUUUACCAUUCAUUAAUAUGAUUAGUGUGUGAUGGGCAAGUGUGCUUUGUAUAGACCUGUGCAAAGGUUUCCCCUGCAAGUGUUUUUCUUAGUUUGCCAAGAUGGAAAUGCAAAAGGGCAGCCUCUGGCGAUGACACCUGUAUGUUUGUAUAAUAAACAAAUAAAAAUCGUAAGCACAGGCAUUCGCUGCUUGGAGGUUUUACAUUCUUUCUGUCUAAUUUGAUGAACGCAGGGCAGAUUCUUUGUGCAUGGUGACAUCCGAGCUGAACCGGAAGAAAUUGAGUCUCUUGUCAUUGCGGUUCGAUGGGAUCUGUAGAAAAGAUAAUAGACAGAAUUAACAUUUGAGUAAGAUCUGGAAAUAAAGUU